AUGCCCGACGCCGCGCCCUACGUGAGCGUCAUCGCCGCCGAGUUCCAGAAGCGCGGCCUGCGCAUCGACACGGGCGCGAGCCUCAGCGGCCAGAAGCGGCGGGCCUCGCGCGAGCCGGGCAGCCCGCCCGGCGACGGCCGCGGGCCGCCCUCGGAGCCCGAGUCGCCGACGCUCGCCUUCGCCCGGGGCCUCGCGGCGGCGGCGCGCAAGCGGCAGACGCUCUCCCUCGCGGCGGACCACCGCGCGGCGCCGCCCCGCCUCCGGGCGCCCCCCGCGCCGCCGCCGCCGAAGCCGCAGCCGCUGCUGCGGCCGCAGCGGACGCUGCCCCUCGGCGACGCCAAGCACCGCCUCGCCGCGUCGCCGGCCCGGCGCGACCUGCCGAGGCAGCCGCCGUCGCCGCCCGUCCAGGACCGCGCGCGGCCGCCGCCGCGGCGCGCGGUCCUCGGCGAGGUCGAGUUCCUGCCCCUCAACGACGCGCCCGGUCGCGCGCCGCCGAGCCCGCCGUCGCCGUCGGCGUCGAGGUCCUGCCCCGCGAGCCCGACGGCGAGCCCGACGAAGGACGCGAGCCCGGCCGGCGGCGUCUCCCGCUUCGCCAAGGCCUUCGGCGCCGCCGCCAAGGACCUCCGGUCGCUCCGGCUCCGCCGCUUCUUCGACCUCGAGAACUCGGGCCUCGCGGAGCCCCACAGCGCCUGCGGCUCCGAGCCGUUGCCGAAGAAGGCCCACUCCGUCGACCACUCCAACGCCAUCGAGCGCCGGCCCCUGCCCAAGAAGUCGAAGAGCUGCCCGCUCCUCCUCGACAUCGCGAACAUGGACGCGGCGCCCCAGCCCCCGCACUGGACGUUGCGCGCGCUCGCCAUCGCGAGCUAG